GUGGAGAGAUCUGGAAUGAAAAUUAACUUACACCAGAGGUCAGUGCAGAGUUGGGAGGUUAGACCCAUCAGAGCAACAUCAGGAGAAUCCCAGUUUUCUCAGUGGACGGAGCUGAACAACGGCAACAUUCACCAGGGAAAAGACUAUUUCUUAUUCCUUUUCUGCACUGUGCCUAAAAGGGAACAACAUGAUGAGUUGAUACGUAUGCUGAAGGGGGUUGCAAUGGGCUACCUGCCCCCGACCACAAAAGCCUUGCUGCUGGGACUAGUGAUUGCUACUACAAUAGCAGAAGUGGUUGUGGUUGAGAACCAAACCAGAAUAUGCCAACCAGCUCCACUCUGGGAGAUAAAUGGCAUAGACCCAAUGGCUGGAAUUGAGGGCCAGGUGAUAGUGGUGGUUCUUUUGAAGGCCAGCUGACAGUUCUGUCUCAAGCAAGCAGCCAGCCUCGGCAGCUUGCAAGAGAAAUUGUCUGGCGAUGGUAUGGCCAAUGUCAGUUUCAUGAUUGUGAAUGAAAAGACCCCUUUCUCCAGGGCAAUGUAUUGGGAGCUCAAACGACAUGCUCCCAAAGGCAUUCCAGUUUACCAGCAACAAAUCCUGGAACCUGAUGUCUGGCAAAUUCUAAAGGGCAACAAGGAUGACUUUCUGAUAUACGACAGGUGCAAGAAGCUCACUUUCCAUAUCCAGUUGCCAUACAGUUUUCUGCACUUACCAUAUGUUGAGGCAGCUGUGCGCUACACAUACCAUAAAGACUAUUGUGGCAAUUGUUCCUGGUAUUAUCUGAACAGCAGCCAAGAGGUGAACAAUGCAGCAAGUACUCCUAUGAUGACAACUGAGGCUCCCAGAGACAAAGUGAAGAGCCUGGAAGUAUUGAAAAGUCAGCCUGAAAAGAAAAAUCAAGAAACGCCUAACUUCAAACACAUAGUCCAGAGCCAUUCCCAUCAUGGGGGAAUUAACACAGCCCAACCAUCCCUGCAUUCUCAAAACCAUUCAGUUAAUUACCACACAAGGGAAUCUCACUAAAUGGCUACAGUAUGGAAAUACACCCUCAACUGUUAGGAACCCCCAAAUCUUACACUAAAAAAAAUUAAGCAAGCAAUGUAAGAAAUAGCUAAGAAAUAAAUUUACACAUCUCACAAAGGAAUGGUUCCAUGUUGGCUCACAAUAAGAGAGAGCAGAGUAAACCACAUUAUUUCCAGAGGGACAAACAUCAUAUUAAUCUAUAAUAGGUUUUGUUUCAUUGUGGUGUAACCAAUAAUUAACUUGAACUCAAGUGGUUUAUUGGCAGGGCUGAGCCCAUAAGUUGAACAGUUAGAACACAGGUGUCAAACUCAAUCACGUCACGUGAUGUAUCGUGACGUAUCAUGACUUUUUUUGCCUUUGCGGAGCCAGAGUGGGUGUGGCCUGUGCGUGACGCAUCCAGCCACGGGCUGCCAGUUUCACACCUGUGAGCUAGAGGUUUCAGACAUUGUCUCUCAGAAGACUAUUUUGUGGAAGCACAGAUUGGUAUUUCUCACUACCACACCUAUCUUCUAUGCGGACUUAAGCUCCCAGAAUUUUCCAUACAGCACUGGCUGCAAAUUCUGUGAGUUAGAAGUCCAUAUGAUGUUACCUAGUUUGCUAAUGAAACCUGUGCAAGAAAACCACCAAGCAUAGGGAGCAGCAAGGACUCCACAAUUCAAUCCUGAGCGAUAAAUAUUCUCUAUUUCUGUAUGUACUUAGUCUGCUGCUGCUGGGAAAUCAGUUUUGAUUCCUCACCUUUACAGUUCCUACUUUUCUGUACUCAAUGAAGUAUGCAGUGUAACCUAAAUAUUAGUCACUGCAGUCUGAAACUGUUCAGAAAAGUAGUUAACUAAAAUGGAAAGCUGGGAUGAGGAUCAGAAUUAGGAUUUGAGGAAGGGUGACAGACUAAGUGAGGGCAAUGGAAAUAAAUUUGGCACAUUAAUACGCAUGGACUUGGAUGGCUAAUUUGAGGACUGUGGUUUAUGUGGUGUUCCUGAAAACAAAAAGUUUGCUAGAAUCAAGAGAAUAAAAUGUAAUUAACUAGGUUUACAGAAAUGUUACUUGCUUCUAUAUACGAUUCACCAUAUGUAGUCAGAAGGUUUGGGGUGAAACUUAAAUAAGUGGCAGAACAUUAUGAGAUGAACUGGUGAAGAAAGUUUAUUCUUGACAUAUUGGCAAAAAAAGUAAUGAAAGUGGAUACAUCAUGUAUUGAGUAAAAAUAAUACUGCAUUCUGGUGGAAAUAAACUAUCUGAAAUUGCAUUUGAAA